AGAGGAAGUAAAUGCUGUGUCUCUCUUAAAGAGAAGCACUCGGUCAGAAGCUUUGACAGUUGAAGGCGUGAGAAGAAGAGACAGAGAAAGAGAGGCACGAUGGUUGAAAUCAGAUGGAUUAAAAUGACUUUAUUUGUGAUACUGCUGCUGCUUCAGUUCACAGCAGCAAGUGGACAAACCCUCUCCUCUGUCACCACAAGAGCUGGAGAUAAUGCCACUUUGUCUUGUAACAAUGUGAAUCAGGACAAAUGUAAAAGUACUACUUGGCUUCACAGUCGUUCUGGUGAAACAGCAAAGGAGCUGGUUGAUCUUGGGAGGAUUAAUGUGAAUGUGAUUUCCAAAGCUAAAUCCAGUAGACUGGGUUUGACAGCAGACUGUUCUCUGGUUAUAAGAAAUGUCACAGCUGAAGAUGUUGGUGUUUACACCUGCAGACAGUUUAUAUCAGGACAAAAACAAGGUCCAGAUGCUCGGGUGGUUCUGUCUGUGAUUAACAUGGAGGGAACAAAUACCACUGAUACAGUCUCCUUGUUCUGCACCGUGUUGACAUACGAUCAGUGUGAACACACAGUAGAGUGGCUGUAUGAGGGUGAUAAGAGUGAUGUGGAGACAUCACAGCAUAUCUGUUCAGCCACUGUGACACUUUUGGCUCCUCAUCUUUGUCAGAAGCUAAAGUAUUAUGAGUUACUGAAGUGUAAGGUGACAGAUAACAUGAGUGUAGAAACCCUGCUGAGUAAUGUCGGUGUCUGUGAGAAAACAGGAAGCACAUCAGUGGGGAAAAACAAUACAUCAUCUGCAAAGAAUGACACUCCAACAAAACCAGAAUGGUGGAUGUGGCUCAUCAUUGUGUUUGCCGGUUUAGCAGCUCUCUUAAUAAUCACUGUGGCGGUCAUCAGAUGGAAGAGAACUAAAGGGAACACAACACAGAUGGAUGAAAGAAUUGGACUGAGCUUAAACCAUGCUGUGACUCCGCCCGGUCCAGAAACCAGUCAUGACAUGGCUGAUCCUGAGGAUGGUGUUUCCUACGCCUCCGUCAGCUACACCAAGAAGACCAACGCUAAAGCACAGGUUCGGGUUAAAGAUGAUGAUGAUGAUGAUGCGGUGACCUACAGCACUGUGAAGUCUUCCUCCUCUUCUCCCAGCGACCUCUAGGCCAACAAACCAAUCAAAUAAGAUAUUUUACAUGUUUUUUUUAUCAGCUUUUUAUAUCCAGUAGUUUUGGAGUAAAUAUUGAAAUCUUCUUGUGUCAGCCUAAUCGAUAAUGAACAGAUCUCUAAAACUUCAAACACUUCAUGUGGUGAUAUUGAAAGUAUGUUACUGUGGAUGUGCUCGGAGGUAGACCGGACACAAAUGACUUGGGUAGGUUUAGGGAGACAUCAUGGAUUGGGUUUAAAUCUCUUAUAUGUUAUAGUUACAGCACCUAGCAGAACGUCAAUCUGCAGAAAUGCACAUUUUCUGACUGUUUGUCGAGCAGCUAUCCAUCCUCCUCUACUGCAGCUAAAGUAAGUGAUGACAUGCAGUGUUUGCUAAUAAUACGAAUAGGCUACAUCAAAGCUAAUCACUUGCAAAUGAUUAUAAAAGAUUUUGGAACAUUUUGUAUUGCUGCUUAAGAAAGACAUUUUUUUUUACAUACAAAAAUAA